AAAAAAGCUACUGGUAAAAAGUAAACUCCACUACUCUGUACUCUAUGGUACAUACUGAACACCAAGACGGAGGGCGUAAACAAUCUUUUUUAUUAACUUUUCGUGAAAUAUAGUUUAUUCAGUGUUUAGUUAGAACAUUACAAUAAAGAAUUCUGUGUAAUUUUUGUGUGAAGUAUGUUAAAACCGAAAGCGUUGAUUCAAGUUUUAAGCCAAGCAACUACUGGCGGUGUCGAAAAUACUUUGCUCAUGAACCACGAAGGGGCCCUGCUUGCCUACAGCGGCUACGGCGACAAGGACGCCCGGGUGACUGCUGCCAUCGCCAGCAAUAUUUGGUCUGCGUACGAGAAGAACGGCCGAAGUGCAUUCAAGGAAGAUAAAUUGCAGCUGGUCCUAAUAGAAUGCAUGGAUGGCAAAGUUGCAAUCACGGAAGUGGCCAACUUGUUGUUGUGUCUGUAUGCCAAAGAGUCCGUGGGCUUCGGACUUCUGAAGGAGAAGGCGCAAGCACUGGCCAAGUACCUGGAUGUGCCGUUAAAACAAAUUGCAACGUCAUGAGUUUCUGUUACUUUUAAUGCUCUCUCGUACACUUUUCAGUUUCUGUAACUAUCAAACAUAAAAUUUUAAAGACUGUUAUUAUACAAAGUAAACAUUUUUGGUGUA